AUGAGCUUCUACAACAACUACUACGGCAGCUACUACGGAGGCCUGGGCUAUGGCUUUGGUGGCUUCAGUGGCCUGGGCUCUGGUUGUGGAUGUGGCAGUGUCUGCAGACUGGGCUCUGGCUCUGGCUUUGGAGGCUACGGAUAUGGCUAUCGCCGCCCCUUGUACUAUGGAGGCUACGGAUUCUCUAGCUUCUACUGA